AUGUCCAAAAUGUUUCAUACAAUGGCUGAUCUCUCUGAUCUAGAUGCCAUUACUAAAUCCAAUAAAGAUCGUCUUCGUUUACUUAAUAUUCUUCCUAAAGAAUAAAAGACAGAAAUUGAAGUUUAAACUGAAAAAAUUGUUUAAAUACUUCCAAAAGAAGAUUCACUCACUUUACUUAAUCUAAGCAUAAAUAAGUACAUUCAAGAAGUAGAUCAAUAUAAUAAAUAAUAUUAACAAAAUUUAGAAGAAUUAAUUAAUAAAAUUAAAGCCACAGUCAAAAGAGUAUUAAAUUAAGAAGCAUAUGUUUAUGGAUCCUUUGCAACUGAACUCUCUUUACCAAAUAGUGAUAUUGAUAUUGUGAUCAUGACUGCAUAAACUAUGUAUAUUGUUGAUCAAAUGAAAAAAUUGGAAAUUGAAUUUUCAAAAACUAAAUUUAUUGAAGAAACUAAAUGUAUUCUAUUUACUGCAAUUCCUGUCCUUAAAUUAAAGUCUAUUAGCUAUUAUUUUAAUAAAAGAAUUGAUAUAUCUUUUUAAGAACCAAGACAUAAUGGUAUUUAAUGUGUUUCAUUAAUCAAAUCAUAUCUCAACUAUUUGCCAGAAUUGAGACCUUUAACAAUGGUAUUAAAAUAAUUUCUAUCUUAAUCAUCUCUCUUAGAUCCAUAUCAAGGUGGUUUAAGUAGUUAUGGUUUGAAUUUAAUGAUUAUUUCCUUUUUGUAAUCAAGAACUGGUUAAUAAUUAUCCUUAGCUUAAUGUUUAAUUGAAUUUUUAUAUUUAUAUGGAUGUGAAAUGGAUUAUAUUGCAAAGACCAUAUAUGUAUUCCUACCUGAUUAAUAAAUUUCAGCUUAUCCCAUUUAUUUUAAUCCAUAAAAUGCAAUUAAUCAAAUUCCAACUCUAUUAAUAUAAGAUCCUUUAAAUGAAAAACAUAAUGUUGGAAGACCUACCUAUAAUAUUUAAGCAAUCAAAUUCAUUUUUGCUGUUGGAUUUAUGAAGGCUUUAAAUUAUUAAUCAGAUUAAAUUGAUGAUUUUUUAUCAUGUGGAAAAGAUGUUCAAUUAAAAUUAGAGUCUCAUAUACAUAAUUUCUAUUAACAAUGA